UUCAGUUCGCCGACGCGGCAACGUCGACGAACAUUGCUACCGUGCCGUUUAAGCCGGUUUUAUACCGGUUUCAUCCGUUACACCGCAGCCAGACCCUCGCAAACAUGCAUCGACCGGGUUAGUGUCGCGAGUGAGAGCACACGCUCGAAAGUUUGUUUUACCGAGCAAUGUGCCUGUGUCGGUGCGUGUCUGAAAGUGGAACGGGAAUCGCAAUUUCUUACGACAUCUGAGCCGGAAAGCCGACAAGUAAGAUGAGCAAUUCCUCUUUGUUCCCGGUGAUUAUGCAAUUUCUACGAUCGUUCUGCGGUGACACGCGUUGCAAAAAGCUACGGCCUCUAAUCUGUUAACGUCAGACGAAUUCUCGAGACCCGAAAGAGAGUGACGAAUAGAACGGAUUCCGGCUCGGAUGUGCGUGCCACUCACGCUGCAUCGUGCAGCAUUGAGCGAUCGCAUCGGGCCUUAAGAUACCGACAGGUGAUUUUCCGCGCGUCCGUAUCGCCGCUCUUGAGAAAUUAAUUCGACUUCUAUCACCGAUAAGCCGGUUCCGCGAUUAUUUAUAACAUGAAACGAUGAUACCGCGAUGCAAGCUGUUUAUAUAAGGCUGAGUCGGCGGUUCAGUCACGCAGCGAUGUACCGUCAUCGUCGGUAUCCGUUUCGAGAAUAGUGAGCGAGUCAGCCGUAAAUUGUAAACAACAUCGUGAUCUUCAAUGUCGAGUGCGCAUUGAGAGAGUACGUUUUGUGCGGAAUGGUCUGUGUAGAACACAUUGAUCAUACUAAAAGGAAAAUAAAAAAGAACGGAAGGAAACGGGCGUUGCUGCAACCUCAACCACGAUUUGUCUAAAAGCGAAAUCUCGCCGGAGAAAUUCGCGAUUAGUGAUUUUGGAAAUCCCCCCGGCGCGGCCAUUCUCGCCACAAGUAAAUCGAGACGUUCUGUCGACGUUACAUCCGCGGGAAGCUAUUAUUCUUGGAGAAAUUAAUCACUGUUAACGCUAAUCGUCCGUCCUGUUCCCCGAGGAGUAUUUGCUCAUCAUUCGCGGAAUCGUCACGACGACGCUUGCGAUCUUUUCCACUGGACCGAGAGCGAUAAUAAAAUGGUCAAGUGGUACGAGAGAGAUAAAUGCCGGGACUUCGUGGUGCAGAGGUUACCGGUUCUCGGCUGGCUACCGCGAUACAAGCCCGCGUGGCUGCUGCAAGAUGCGUUGGCCGGUGUCACGGUCGGCCUCACAGCUGUGCCGCAAGGCAUCGCUUAUGGUAUCGUCGCCGGCUUGAGUCCUGAGUACGGACUGUACUCGUCGUUCAUGGCAUCCUUUGUGUACAUCGUUUUCGGUUCAUGUGAGAACAUUACUAUUGGACCAACGGCUAUUAUGGCCAGCAUGAUUCAAGAUUUGGUCGCGCAUUACGGCGCCGACAUGGCUGUACUAAUCGCUUUCCUGAAGGGAUGCAUCAUCGCGCUUCUAGGAAUUUUCCAUUUAGGUUUUCUAUUGGACUUCAUAUCGCUGCCGGUGAUCACCGGCUUUACCGCGGCCGCGGCGAUCAACAUAGCGUCUUCGCAAUUUAAGUCGCUCUUGGGUAUCCCCGGCAGAAGCGAGAGCUUCCUGGAUUCUCUGAUCGCGAUCUUCAAGAAUCUCCAUCAGAUCCGAUACCAAGACACUGUGCUGGGCAUUGGGACGAUCGUUGUGUUAGUUCUGCUUAAGAAUGUACCGGGGCGGCGCGUAGGAAAUGUUCUUCAGAAAACAGGCUGGAUUGUCGCUUUGUCGCGCAAUGCGUUCGUCGUCAUUGCAGGCACCGUCAUGGCGUACGUCUUUUAUAUCAACGGAAUGCAGCCUUUCAAAUUAACGGGAUCGAUGGGUCAGGGUCUGCCGGUGUUCAAGCCUCCGCCGUUCUCCACGACCUUCGAGAACCGCACGUACAAUUUUGUGGAGAUGGCUAGCGCGAUGGGCACGAGACUGUUCUCGAUACCGGUCGUGUCGACGAUCGAGCACAUCGCCAUCGCGAAAGCCUUCGCGAAGGGCAAAGCUCUGGACGCCACGCAGGAGAUGAUCGCCCUAGGAGUCUGCAAUAUUUUUGGGUCGUUCGUCCGAUCGAUGCCGGUGACCGGGUCUUUUACACGUACGGCCGUCAAUCACGCGUCAGGCGUGAGAACCCCGUUAGGAGGGAUAUUUACGGGCGUUCUGGUGCUGCUCGCGGUCAGCCUCUUGACUUCCACCUUCUACUUCAUACCGAAGGCAACUCUGGCUGGCCUCAUCCUAGUCGCGAUGUACUACAUGUUGGAUUUUCCGACGUACGUCAUGCUCUGGCGCGCCAGAAAGGUCGAUUUCUUCGUGAUGGUGCUGACAUUGGUCCCGAGCGUUUUUCUCGGUUUGGAGAUAGGCAUCUUGAUCGGCAUCGUCGUCAAUCUCAUGGCGUUGCUGUAUUUCUCAGCACGGCCUUCCAUCCAGACGCAAAUCGAACAGAUCUCGGGAGAAACCGUAAUAAUCGUGACACCUGAAGAGGCAGUGACAUUUCCAGCGGCGGAGCGUCUGCGUGCUAACAUAAUGAAGCUUUCCGGAGAGAGUGAAUGCAACGUGAUACUUGAUUGUAAGAACCUGAAGAGGCUCGACGUUACGGUCGCUAAGAAUAUGAAGCUGCUGGCCAAGGAUCUUUCGCUACAUGAACAAAGGAUCACCUGCAGUAAUUGCUCUGAACAUGUGACCGCCAUCCUGAGGGUCGUAGCACCGGAACUAUUAAAUAUCAAGAGAGAUGGGGACGGGGGAUAACCACGGCUGAAGAAAGAAACGACCUCUCUUUCUGUUUCUCUCUGUCUCCCUGAACGACACAAAUGUGAUUGCCUGAUUUCAGGCACCGCACGAGGCUAAUAAAUAUAAAUGCAAUCGCCCGGUCAUUAGGCGACGUUGUACGACGUUGCUUUUCUUAGAUAGAUGUUAUCGACAACGUUAAAUUUCACACGUUCCUCUUCGCCUCGAGUGCGUUUCCCAUACUUCACAUGUGCUUGAAAGCACCACUACUCGGAAACAUUAAUCGUUCGAACGUUACAGAUAUUCAUAAUAUUAUACAAUUCGUCGAUUCAAAGCGAGAAUUAUUCGUAUCCUCCGUGAAGACAUGUUAAAUUUACGGGUAACGAGUAACAAGUUCGUGAGAUUUCUAAUACGCGUGUAUAGCCUGAUUUAUAUCCUGGAUAUAAAAAGAAUCUGUGAAUAAAAAUUAUUUCCCUCCGAA